CUAGUAUUAAAGGCAUGUGCUAUACACAUACCACACCCCAAUGGAGUACUACUCAGCUAUUAAAAACAAUGACAUCAUGAAAUUCUUGAGCAAAUGGAUGGGAGUAGAAGAAAUCAUACCAAAAGCUGGAAAGGAACCAGAUGUCCUUCAACAGACAAUGGAUACAGAAAAUGUGGUAUAUCUACACAAUGGAUUACUACUCAGCUACAACGACUUCAUGAAAUUCAUAGGCAAAUGGAUGGAACUAGAAUAUAUAAUCCUGAGUGAGUUUUGUGAAGAAAGAGCAUCAUAUACCAAGCUCAAAAGAGGGGUAUGGAAGAGAUCAGCCCCAGAAGACUUCUUAGAUAAAAGGCCCAAUAAGAAAAUCCUGAUUGGAAAUGAGGAGCUAACAAGGCUUUGGAAUCUCUGUCCUGAUAACAUGGAAGCCUGUAAAUUAGAAACAAGAGAAUACAUGCCAAUUUUGGAGGAGUUCUUUGAAGAAGCCAUUGAACAAGCAGAUGCUGAAAACAUGGUUGAAAGUGAAUAUAAAGCCAUAAAUAAUUCAAAUUAUGGAUGGAGCACUCUCAGAUUCUUAGCCUGGAGAAGCCCUCAUUUCUUCCAGCCAACCAACCAGCAGUUUAAGAAUAUGACAGAGUAUCUUGAAAACAUGGUGAUAAAGCUAGCCAAGGAACUACCACCCCAUUCUGAAGAAAUAAAAACAGGUGAGGAUGAAGAUGAGGAAGAUAAUGAUGCUUUACUAAAGGAAAAUGAAAGUCCCGAUGUUCGGCAAGAUAAACCUAUAACAGGGGAACGGAUAGAGUCAUUAACCAACAAACUUGAUGAGCAGUGGAAGAUUUUGGCACCUUACCUGGAAAUUAAAGACUCUGACAUUAGGCAGAUUGAGUGUUACAGUGAGGACAUGAAGAAGAGAGCCAAGCAGCUCCUUGUUGCUUGGAAAGAUCAGGAAGGAGUUCAUGAAACAACUGAUAACCUGAUUGGUGCACUGAACAAGUCUGGGUUAAGUGACCUUGCAGAAAGUCUAACUAAUGACACUGAAACAAACAGUUACUUACUUUCUCUCCUUUUUUAUUGAA